AAAUUUGUUUUUGGCUUUUGGUGACUGUGUGUGAUUUUCUUCUUCAUUCAUGUUUUCUUUUCAUUUCCCUUGGUUUUGUUUUCGAAUUAUUGUUUAGAUGUAGUGUGUAGCGUAGAGUGCUUGGUAGUGAUGACAAUGGAAAGGAGGAUAAAGCUAAAAACCUUAAACAGCCACAUCACCUGCAAGAUCUGCCGCGGGUACUUCAUCGACGCGACCACGGUCACCGAGUGCCUACAUACGUUCUGCAAGAGUUGCCUGGUGAAGCACCUGGAGGAGAACAACACGUGCCCAACAUGCACCAUAGUGAUCCACCAGUCGCACCCGCUGCAGUACAUCAGCUUCGACCGCACCAUGCAGGACAUUGUGUACAAGCUGGUGCCCGACCUGCAGGACAAUGAAAUUAAAAGGGAAAGAGACUUCUACCGAGCGAGAGGGCUCCCGUGUCCCAAGGAUGCAGCCCUGGCAGCUGACAAGCCAGGUGCAGGCGAUGAGCCCGAGCAACCUGACAACACAGACUCACAUAGGAAGGAUGAACAGGUGAACGUGUGCUUAGAGUGCAUCUCCACCUCGCUGCGGACACUGAAGCGGAGCUUCAUCAGGUGCUCCGCGCAGGCCACCAUCACGCACCUAAAGAAAUUUGUAGCUAAGAAAGUAUUAAAUGGAAUGGAGAAAUAUAGAGAAAUCGACAUCCUGUGUAACGACGAGCUGCUGGGCAAGGACCACACGCUGAAGUUCGUGUACGUGACGCGCUGGAGGUUCCGCGACCCGCCGCUGCGCCUGCAGUACCGGCCCAAGAUCGACUUGUAGCACAGCGCUGCACUACCGACCAGCAUCAUACACAUGUAAAAAUUAUAUUUUUAUGAUACCGAUAAGUUUAUGAACUAUGGUUUAAACUCGUUUGAUAGAUUGAAAAACGCAAAUGUUAUGAAUUUUAGGGAAAAUGUUCUUUUAUGCAGCUCACAGUAUAGUCAACUGACAGAAAUCGUUAUAUUACGAAAACGUGUUAUACAGUGAGUGCAAAUCUUUCUAAAAUCUAAAUACAUGAUUAGAUUUAUCACCAUAAUGGUGAAUGAUAUAACUACAAUUCUAAAACAUAGGCUUGAGAUACCGUUAUAUAUAUAUCUCGCGAAGACAAAAUUACAUUAUUUGUCGAUCAGUAGUGGAUGGAACAUAUUGCUCCUAUGUAUCCUAGUUCAGACGUUAUUGGUCGACUAUGUCUUUAUCUUUGUAUGAGAUAUAUCGAGGCCUACGGCGUGGACUAUAUCUCAAUUAAACGAGUUUCUACUAUAGAGAGUUGAGAACUGUACAACCAUUGCAAGUAUACGAACUGUACCACGCCGUUGCAGUGAGUUGAUAGCUUCUGUCAUAUGAGAUCACUUCUCUCCUGUCCUUUGGGUAUAUUCAAUUAAAGGGAAACUAGUAAUUUUUGUACUUUUAGCUGAUAAGGAUUGACAGUUUAGCUAAUCUGACCAUUAUUUAAAAUCAGAAGAAUAUAUUUAUUUAUUACAAUAUACUUUCCUCUUUCACAAAAUUGCAUGAAAACUAUAAUAAUAAGUUCAAAAUAAAACGAGUAUGCCAAAAAAUCGACAAGUUCAGGCGGACUGUUUAGAUGUUUUGAUGAGAAGAAAUUUAUAAAGUUUCAGUUUUUUGAAGUAAAAAUUCUUAAUGCACGCUUGACUUGGGGAGUGGGCUGCUGAAUGUGUUACGAAAUGUGUGAUCAGGCGAAGCGAACGCUUAUUGAGAGGGAGAGCUAAAUCAGUUAUGUGGUUUAAAGCACUCGUUUUUAUUUGAACUUAUUAUUAUAGUUUUCAUGGAUUUUUGUGAGAAGUGAGAAUGUCCAUUAAAUAUAUUUAGUGGUAUCAAAAUACAUACUUGAAAAUAUAAAACAAAACUGUUUGAAACACAAUUAAGUCAUUACUUUUGUAGUCCUUGGGCACAAAAACAUAAUAUUUAUUAACGAACACACUGCUUAAACUCUGUAUGUCAUAUUCAUGUUGAGUCUGACUACACUGUGAAUGUAGAGAACCAUGGUGGGUGUUAUCGUUCCGAGCCAUCUUCCGUCUUCUCUGGAACUUGUUCCACAAGGUUGUUAGAUUUUAAAUAUCUUUCAUUAUCUAUUCUGCAAUGUAUGAAAAUGAAAAUGAAAAAAAUCUUUAUUGUCUGUAUGUUCAUAAAUAAAUAGGUUAGCUGAUAUCAAAAGUAUUUACUGGUAGCUAUAUGAAGAGUGCGUACCGUAUGGCUGUAAAUAUCUAUAUCUAUACUUAUAAAACUGUAACAGGUAUUUUUUUAAAAAUUUUAAUUAAUUUUAAUUUGAUUCCAUUCAAUUUGGUUAUUAAGUAUAACAGUUUUUAUCUUUUUUUAUUGUAUGUAUAAUAUUUGCACACAAUUUAUUAUUUGAAUGUUGUAAAGAAAAAUAAUUCUUGUAAAUAAAUGAUUAUUAUUAUUAAAAUUAUUACCUAAUAUUUUGUUCAUAGGGCCCAAGGACUAUUGUUAUGGUGGAAAACUAUUUAUUUCACAUUCUGUCACUUGUGAGUGAAUAACAAUAUUUUGGUUGAUGUGAAAAUGUCAUUUCGUCCAUCGCUUGCAUGUGUUGACAUGUACAUUGAGAUCAUCGAUCUCCUAUUAAAAAGUGGAUGCACAAUCAGCGACCAAAAAACGUCCCCACUCAAUGAGUUCCAAACUCAACUUCUUGGCACUCAAUUUGAGUAGUCGCAUUUGCAAAUUCAACCUUAAACUCAAUCCUUAAGGUUGAAUUUGGGAUUUGAUUGAAUAUUGGGCUAUAUUUAAAAGCCUUUAGCUUGGCCAGUUUUUAAGUGAAAUUUUCUACAUGAUUGUGCGUCCUUUUAUUAUAAGAAGUCAAUGAUUGAGAUGCAUAACACGUCUAGAGUUGUUCAACUCAGUGUUUCCUGAUACAGCUCAAACCUGUGAUGGCCUUCAUUGUACUAAAGCUGCGAGUUUGUCAGCCCAUACUUCUAGCAAAGCUAAAUACAAUUUAAAUUAUGAAAACCUUCAUCUUCUGGAUCUAGAAGGAAAGACGCAAAAACGCCAUGUGAACGCGUGCGCUUUGGACGCUUUGGCUUUCGCUUUACUUUAAUUUGUUAAUUAAAUUUUUGUUGUUUAUUAAGUAAAUUUUAUUUUGAAUAAUAAAAAUAGGGUUUUGUAGUCGGCCAGUAAGCUUCUCAAAGUUGUUUGUUGUAGUUCCUUAUCACAAAAGCAAAGAGUUCAUAACAUUGCUUUUUGUGAACAUAAUUGAUAUUCUUCUUAAUAUUAAUUGUUAAUUAGUUGAAAUAUAAUAUUAUUAACUGUCCAACCAAACUCGCGGUAAAAAUGUAUGAACAAUAGUUUGAACAGGUAUUUGAGCGCUACAUCUCUUUGGUGUAGUUCAUCUCCAGUACAAGUUAUUGCCGUUUUGUUUUACUCUGAUAUUUGUCUAAAUUGGCAUCUAUACUCAGAGGCACAAUUAUCCGCCCACUUUAAUAUACCCGCGUCAUAUUAAAGUGUAUUUAAGUAAAAAUUGUGCCUCUGAGUAUAUUUUAGCCGAGAUCUCUAGUUUGCAAGGUUAAUUUGCGCUACACGCACAUAAAAUCCACUUGUACAUUAUAUUGACUAUUCGGAAUUAACUAAACACAAUUAAACUACAAAUGGUAGCAAUUUGUAGAUAACUAUAAUGAAGUUAACAAGUGUUGUUACUCUACACCAGAGAGCUUGGCACGACUACAGAACCCUUCACUGAGCGAGUUUUGAUGCACUUUAUCAUUUAUUUAGUUCACAAUUUGUUAUUUUGUUUAUAGAAGGAAUGUUUUUUGUUGUAUCUCAUUGUUUUUUAUUCUGCACGUGGGCCUUAAUUCCCUUACACCAAUCUCACUCUCUGACAUCAGAAGGAGAUUCAGUAGGCGAAUAGUGUAAGUGAGUGAAGGCGCGGUGUGUCGUGAGUCAGUGAUUGAUUUUUUUAUAUAACAAUGAAUAGGUACCAAUUAUUUGAAUUAUUGUAAAUAAAAUAUAUCAUUUAAUUA